ACAGCAUAAUAUGUAAUUGUCAUAAUAUAUUCCGCGUGCAAGUUUGAUUUUUGUCCGUUUCAAGAUCGCGGCAGCCGAGCCUAUUGCCGUGGCAACAGCAGCGGUUAAUUACUCGUACUACUACUGCACCUGUCACCAAAUUGCCACCUCCAUGACGUCACCCCUACACCGGCAGACCGAAGCUCGUCUUGACAAGGUCGACUGCGGUCUCCGACGCGACUUCUCUUCGAGUUGCGUUUAAACGACAACCGGCACGCGACAGACGCAGUAAUACCUCAGGGUCGUGACUCUGCAAAAGUUAUUAGCUGAAAAGUAUCUACUUGCCGCGUAUGUACUCGCCAGUGUAAUUCUAUUUUGCGCCCCAGUCGGGAAAUUCUUCCCAACUGUAGACGACGAAUCCGCCAUGAAACCCUUCAGAGGAACAUUUGAAUUCGUCAUCUUGGCCGCGGUUUUGAUCAUAGCACGUGCGCAAGAAUGUCCUGGGGGUAUACCCGUGACAUAUGUUAAGUAUAGCAAUUCUGCUCCAAGAUCUGUUAUUCAACCAAUUUUGUUAUAUGCUAGUGUGCCUGGAGUCGCCAUUACUGCUGAAUGCUACAAUAGAUGCCGAAAAUCAAUGGACUGCGCAGGAUUUAUCAUUGAUUACCCUUCUACGUCAUGUUAUCGGGUACCUAACAUGGGCAGCUCAACAGAUAAUAUUAUUGUUAGUUCCAGUUCAAAUUUCUUUAGAAAAGCAUGUCUUCGAGUUCCGGAAAAUUGUAAUCGAAAAGCAUGGCCUAUCGAAGUUUCCAUGGAUUAUGAGCUGAAUGGCUUUCAGCUUUCGGUUAUACCGAACGUGGUAGACAAAUGGCAGUGCGCACAACAAUGUCUCGAUCAACAGUGUAAAUCAGCUAAUUACUAUCGGAAAACUAAAAUUUGUUCAUUGAACUCUGAAACAAGGAGAACCAAACCAGCAGCGUAUAGCCCAAGCCCAGGUCAAGUAGAAUAUUUAGAAAACCAAUGCGUUGACCAAUCAUCAGGCAUAAACGAAAUGCAGUCUUGUUGGCAUGAACCUGUAUUCAACAGAACUUUGCAACAAGUAGACUUGCAAGUGGAAAAUAUCAAUAUAGAACAGUGUAAAGACAGGUGUGAAGCAGAGGAAUAUUUCAAUUGCCGUGGUUAUACAUUUAAAUGUCCAACCAACGAAUUCUAUGGUGGUAGUAUCUGUCUUUUACAUAGUGACGAUACCAUGACAGCCGGUCCUCUCGUUCCUUCACUUUGUGCUACAUACGUCGAAAGAAUUCCCUGCAUUGAUCUAAGUGUUACUUGUAGCGAUACUACAAUGUCAGUAACGCUAAAUUCUCCAGCCUUCAAAGGACGCAUGUUCGUUCUCGGACGUCCAGAAGAAUGUGGUGUAAACGGAAGAAAUAUGGACACUACAACGAUGACAAUGCCAAUUACGGAAAAUCAUAAUCAAAGAAAUCCAUGCAAUAUAGUAGUAGCCAAGUCAACACAGGGCAAUAGGAAAUUAGCCACAGCUGUUGUUGUGGUUCAACAUCAUCCUAUUAUACAAACUGUUGGUGACCGAGUGACCAGAUUGUCUUGUGCAAUGGGUUCAGACUCACGAUAUUCACCUUCAUCAUCAGGAGGACAAAGACCGCAAAAUAUCACGUUGGACGCAACCUUUGGAGUAGCUGAACCAACAAUCCAUAACACUGUCUACAAUGAUGGAGGAUUUGAUUCAAAUGGUUUAAUUGGUUCAGCAAAUGUGGUAGCUAAAAUGCGCAUAUUGGAAGUAGGGCACAAUGAUAGAAAAGUGUCUGAAGUGACGCUCGGCGACGAACUUGAACUCCGCAUUGACGUCAAUUAUCCUUAUAAUGCUACAAAAUUAAGGGCUGGUCAUUUGGUAGCUAGUUCGGGUGAUGGACUAGAUUCAUUGCUGCUUUUAGAUUGGAGAGGAUGUCCUCCAGAACCUGCCACAUUUCCAGUGCUAGAGUUCAUGCCACCCAACUCAAUGGUAGCUCGAUUUAAGGCCUUUAGGUUUCCAUCCUCUCCUAUUCUUCGAUUCAGUAUCAUGCUGACGUUCUGCGAACAAGAUAUCUGUCAACCAAAUGAAUGUGACGAUGGACGAGUUACUCUUGGAAGACGUCGUCGAGCCGUAUCACCUACAGAAAAUAAAAGUAAAGAAGUGCCAUUACAACUUGCUAUUGUAGUUCGAUCUAUAGAGGAACAAGAGCAGAUUAUUGCCGAUCAAAGUUUAAUAAAAGGAAACGAUUCAAUACCGUCCAAUAACAUCGAUAGAUUACCCAGAAAUUUAUCAACUACAGUGUUUAAUUCCGACGAGUGGUGUAUUUCCUUCACAUCUGCUCUGACUAUGAUUGCUGCAUUGAUCGCUGUUCAAACAUUAAUUUUUAUAGUCUUUUGGUCCUGUUUACGCCAAUCCAAAAAGAAAGCCGUCAACGACAGAGUUACAUUAAACUCCGACUUUCAACCUAGACAUGUUACUUGGGCUGAUAGCCAAUAACCGUUACCAUUAUACAACACCAACCUAUAUUUAUUAAAUAAUGUAUUUUAUAAAAAUAUGUACAUAUUUUUUAAUUAAAAAUUUUCUUAUUGAAUAA